AUGAAACCUUUUCGCCUUUCAAAGUUUAUGACCAUUCCACCAUCAGAUGAGAAGAAAUAUUUGAAAGAUGUGGAGUCGAACAACGGUACGUUCGAAAGUGAGGCUUCGAGGAAGUCCAGAGUGAAACACCAGAAGGUUAAGACGGGAUGCUAUACAUGCAAGUAUGCAAGUCUUAUCUCUAUGUUACAAUACCAUGCAUUGAAAUUACCAAAUUGGCAUGAGCUGAUUACCAAGUUUUUAGAGUACGCCGAGUCAAAUGCGAUGAAACGAAACCUUCGUGCAAACGAUGCAAAAAGACCGGAAUACAAUGUGAGGGAUUCCUCCCCGCCAUUACAAUCACCCGUUUUUCAUAUACAAACCGGUCCUAUACUAGAGAACGAACAAGAUUCUCGAUAUUUUCGAUAUUUCUGCGAAACCUCGGCCGGCGAUAUCGCCAGAUUAUUCAACCGAUCGGUCUGGGAGCGACUGAUCCCCCAGGCAAGCGAAUCCGAGCCGUUCGUUGCCCAAGGUCUGAUUGCCUUAGGGGCUUUUAGUAAAGGGCGCACCUCAAAUGGCACAGAGGCGUUUCUACACCGUCAACAUGGCCUUGAUCAGUAUGGUAAAGCUCUCGUUGGAAUGAGACAAGCUCUAAACGGAAGCUGUUAUAAUGCUCGUAAAGCACUCAUUGCGUGUCUACUUGUGUAUUCAAUCGAAAGUAUACAGGGUCAUCUUGCCACAGCCGCUGCUCAUGCUGCUAGUGGAGAAAAUCUUCUCCAUGAGAUUAUGCUCGACAAAAAAGCCAAGACCCUUCAUCCCCUCAGCUGCCAGCAAGAUCCCACAAUUGAUGAGGAUCUUUGCAGAGCUUUUUCAGAUCUUGACCUUCAGGCACUUUGCGUGAUUGAUCGUCGAUCCUCAAAGCUGCAUGAGCGACGAACCAAUGAUUUGAAUCACUUGUUGCUAUCAAUGCCUUUAUCAUUUUCAAAUCUCAAAGAAUGUCAUGACUGGUGGCAGAUUAUUAUGCGAAGAAAUUUUCAUUGGAUAUCGACAGCACGAAAAGCCAUUCUUGAGGAACGACCGAAGGAUGAUGAAAGUCCAAUCAUCUGUUUACCUGAUGACGAAGGGCUCGAUUUGAGUGAUGAGAAUUGCUCAUGGACUUCUGUUGCAGUUAUAUCUAGUACUAAUCCGGCCCUUAGAAAAGACUGUGCUACAUAUCUUGAUGAAAUUGCGCAAUGGGAAAGUAUUGCAGCACCAUUAGUAGAAAAAGGACUCCGCGCUGACGAAGAUUCUCGAGAAUUUUUGGCGGCGUGCCUUGCGAAAAUACAGGUGGCAAUGAUGAUGAUUCAAGUAGCAAGUGUCUUCAUUGUCCAUGCAAUUGAAUGGGACGCAUACUUUCGGGAGUUUCGAAUAAUUAUGAAUUAUGUGAUGAAACUCCGCCCGCGCAUGAUUCAAGGAGAGGGCAAGUACCAUUUUGAUUUUGGGGUAAUACUUCCGCUCUUUAUGGUUGGAACUCAUUGCCGAGAUAGAGUACUAAGGAGUCAAGCGAUCAAUGUCCUCAAGGAAGCCAAAGGCUAUCGAGAAGGCAUUUGGGAUUCAGAUGCCUGUUCACGAGUAACUGGGUUUACGAGAGAUGUAGAAGAGGAAUGGGCUGAUGAGAAUGGAUGGGUUCCUGGAGAAAGACGCUUUACUAUCACUAAAACAAAAGUUGCAGUUGAUAAAGGGAGGUUAUUGCACAUAAGUGGAUAUCAAAAGAAUGGGAGUUUAGAGGGAAAGGGAGAAUUUAAGGAAAUAUAUAUAGUAUGGUAA